AUGGCUCAACUAUCCUCGGCCCAUUCAAGGGCAUCGCUCCCCAAGCAACUGGCCAAUUUCACCAAUACCACUGCCGGCCUGGACUUGACCCUCCGGCUAUUCCAUAGCCUGGUACUUAUCGGAACCCAGAUCGACUUUGACAAUGUCACUGUUAUGAGAUGCUCUAUUGCGGCAUCACAGAUAGGGCUAGCGAGACGCUAUCUCCGCUUCUUCUGUUUCCUCGAUUGUUUCCAAAAUGUUCAGGAUAUUCUGGCCUCGGGAUACCCUCUAAGAAACAGGGCAGCGACUUUGGAGUUAGUUGAAUCCAGUUGUUUGGGGAUGUAUCUUGUUCUGGAGGGCACAACCAUGCUCCAUGACAUGAACGUUUUUUUGGUUUCAUGGUACACUCCCAUUCUCCUCGAAUCUUACAAGUUCUGGUUUUAUGCUAUCUGUACCGCAGUUACCAAAACUGCCUCGGAUCUUCUUCUUGGCCCGGCAGCACCCAGUGAUAAAAUCGACUCUGUGGACGAGAAAGAGGAAGACAAGGCAUCUGGUCACUCGCAAAUCUCGAAACCGGUCCCAUCCACUGCGUCUCUUCUCAACCGCAUUAUAAUUGACAGCUUGGAUUUGAUCAUCCCCGGGUCUUUACUCGGAUGGAUCCCUGUGGGCGACCUGGGCGUUGCCCUCGCCAUGCUGGCAAGCACUAUUCUUGUCUGGACAACUGCAUGGGCGAAAGCACAAGUAUAG